AUGCCGCUGCCUUUUGAGGCUUUGCUUCCCUAUGGGAUUAUUAUUGGCUUCUUCGGCGUGACUGGAAUCGGGCUGUCGUUCUCCAAACGGUUUGCAAAUGAUGGAAAGCGACCGAGACGCGGCAUUGAUGCCUGGGAUAGACAAAGUAUUCCCCCUAUCUCCUGCGUCUAUACUGAGCCAAGGAUCUCCCCGAUGCGGGUUAUGCUGACAAUCGGUAGUGAUGGAACGGGAUUUACGGCUUACGGGAUCCUUACGAGGCCAGACAGAUUCGCCCGUAGCGCCGCCGGGUUUCUCGUUGAAUAA